AUGUCUGCUGUUCCUAUCUCUACUGACACCCUCCCAUCAAAUGUGCCAAGGCUGGACCCAAAGGGAACUAACUGGGUCAUCUUCUCAAUCUGCUUCAAGGAUGCUAUCACUGCAAAGAAGAAGUGGGGCCAUUUUGACAGCACUGCUCCCCACCCCUCAUUCAUAGUUGCUGUAGGUGCAGCCUUAUCCAAGAAGCAACUCGCCACGAUUCAGACUUGGGAUGAUAACGAAGCAUCUGCCAAGUAUCUUCUCUCACAACGACUCCCUGACUCAACUGUUAUUUGCACCAACAAGAUUGCUAUGGUAGCCGCACGCUGGGCCUCCAUUGUCACUGACUACACUGCAAAGAGUGCAUUUGCUCAGACCGCAGUUCGCAAGGAGUUCCUCGGCCUGUGUGUGCCUCAUUCUGGCAAUGUUGACUGGUCUCUGUGUGGCUUGAGGGGGAGUGUUGAAGGUGCAACUUGCUCGGAGCACUACGGAGCAGUUUCAGGGUUUACGGAAGUAUCAUACCUUACAUUUGUUAUUCUUUUGGUACCGGAACUGCUAUCUUCUGUUAUAUACUUGCGGUCUCAUGUCCGGGCUUCCUCAGACCUUCGCAUUACUUGUGCAAGGCUGAGGUGA